AUGCCAUCCACUACUACAACAGUACCGUCUACGACAGAUACAACAACCACAACUGAUACAUCUACAACUGCAUUAAUUUAUACGACAUCGACGUCUUUAACAGCUACGACAGAGGUAUUAACCACAAAUGGUUCAACAGGUGGCACACCUACCACUAUGUCUACUGCAAAAAUGUACACGGAAGCGCGUACAACAACAACCACUAGAAACCCUGAAUGUGGCCGUGGGGAUAAUCCACCGUGCCCGACUACCGUAACGAAAACUCUCACCACAAUCGUUGCAUCAUCGGCAACAAUAUCUGUGGCAAGGUUAGCUCACGAGCGCUGGGACACCCGCCCUGUUCAGCACAAGAAAGGAGAGCCAGAGAAAUAA